AUGUGUGGUUUCGGUGACAAAGACCGCCGUCCAAUAGACCCACCUCCUGUCAUUAGACUUCUAGUGUUUACUGAAGAUGGAACACCUGUACCUGAAAGUUCUAUGGACCAUUCCACUAUGGUUGUUGUUGCCGGACUAUGGUCCGAAGAUUGUAAGGAAGAGCGUAUUCUUGUAAUUAAUCCCUCGUCUGUUCCUGUCCAACCUUCUUCUUCGAGCUCAAGUGUCAUGUCACUAAACGCGCCAAUGUGCACUCGAAAUCUUAUGGGUCACAGUAUUUCGUCUGCAUAUGUUCUUAACGACCAUAUGAAUAAAUUAGGAAUAUUCUUUAUAUUUCAAGACUUGUCAGUUAGAACAGAAGCAGCUGAAGUUUAUAGCUCUGCUUUUAGAGCAUAUUCCGCAAAAAAGUUUCCGGGUAUGACAGAAUCAACUGCGCUUUCUAAAGCUUUCGCCAAACAGGGAAUUAAAAUUCCGAUCCGUAAAGCUCGUUAUCGGAGAGCCAACGACGAUUUACCGGAUCAAACAAGCGAAAGCACUAAUCCUUCUUCAGUAACAAAUACGGCACCUGAUAAUGUUCCUGACGACGUUAAAUCCGAUGAUAAUGAAGAUAAUAUCGUAAAAAAACAGGAAUCCUCGGAAGAUGAUGCUGACGCGUUUUCUGAUAUUGUGCGAAGAGAAAAUAAGGGAAAGUUUAUUGCAAAAUGGCGACGCAGGUCUAAAUAG